AUGGGAAAUCAUCACACUAGUGGUUCAUCAAUGUUUGCAUCGGUGAAUGAUCGUCAAGAUGUGAUGAAUCCGAGACAACGAAAACUUCAAGAACAACAAUACGAAACUGACCAAGUUUCGAAUGACGAUGACGAAAUGAACCAAGAAUUGACUCGGAUGGUCAAGGAACAGGAACAAGUCGAUGAGAAUGAAAUUAAAAAUGGUUUGCCAUUUGGUGUAAUUCUGUUAGGAAGUGCAGAUUCAGGAAAGUCAACACUUUGGAAUCGAUGGAAACUACAAACUCAACCCUUGUCUCAAUCAGAGAAGGUAGAAUUUGCCAAUUCCAUCCUCACAUAUAUUAUUACAUGUUUGAAACGAUUACUUGAUUUGGCAAAAUCGACACUUUCCAAAGAAGAUUAUCAAAACUUGUAUUCGAAACAUGAUUUCUCUAUUGAUUUGCUUUCUCAAAUAUCAGAAUGUGGUUCAACUUUCGAAUACUUAUUUACGAAUCCCAUUUCAAAGACGAAAAUGCAAUCUCUGUGGAUUGAUCAUGAUUUUAUUGCACAUUUACCAGCUCUCUUUAUGGAACCAUGUAUUCAAGAGUUGUAUUUGAAUCAAUUUAAAGGUAAAUCAGAUUCGAAUAAUGAUCAUUCGAAUCAUCCUUACUUUCAUUCGAAUCAGAUAGAUGGCGAGGAAGGUAUCGUCAAUGAAAUUCUAUUAGGCAAUUAUCUGCACUACUUUUUACAAACACCUUCCUUCCUACAAGAAUUAUCCGAAACCUUUACACACUCUGCUGCCAACUCAAUAUUGAGAGAUUAUUCCACCUCUCCUUCAAGUGAAUUGUUUUCGAAACCCAUCCAAUUAACUCUGAAUGAUAUUCUCAAAUCAAAGAUUGUCACAACCUCAAUCAACACUUUGAAAUUUCAAUUCUCUAAAAAAUCAAUCAGCACAAAAGUGAUUAAAGUUAUUGAGAAGAGAAAGAGAGGAUUAUCAGGAGCUGCUUUACCUAAUUCUGGAGUAGUUGCUUCUCCAUCAGGUAAUUGUCCAAAUAAUGAAUCGAUUCAAGUUCAUGGAAAAUGUGGAAAUGUUGCAAUUCCAAAAUUGGUUUUGAAUACAGUUCCAAAGGAGGAAAAGAGCUUGCUGCCAAAAAGUGCUCGUGGUAAUUCCAUGACUCCUAGAAGUAAUAGUGUGAAUAGUAAGCCAGUUUCAGUUUCCAUUACUGCAAAUGAUGAGAGUGUGCAAAAUUCACCACCAAAGAAGACAACCACAAAGAAAUUGGUCGAAUCGUUGGUUAGAAAACGAUCAGGAAGCAAUAAUAAUGCGAAUGCAGCAACAACUAGCACUUCAACAAACUCAAAGGGUCCCUAUUUAGUCAUCUCUCCUGCAAAUUCACCUCGUUCCUCAAUUGCAAGUGAGGGAUCUUCGUUUAGUCCAUUGCUGGGAACUUCUCCAUCGUCCUCAUCAAUGGGUAUGCCUUCUCCUAAUUUCAAUCAGCAAUCAAGUGGAAAUAAUUCUGCCAACAUGCAGAGUAGUUCAGGUUCGAGUGUUGUGAGGGCAAUGCAAGAGAGUACAUUCACUUUGGAUUCAUUUGAAAAGAAGAAAUUACAAAAGUUUACAAUACUAGAUACUCCUGGAGUUAUUUCUCAGAGAGAUUUGGUCAGUAUGACAUUGAAUGCAUCAACUCGACCAACAGCAACAUUUUCAUUGAAGAGUGUAGUGUUUAUGUGUUCAUUGGCAGAUUUUGAUCUCACAACAAUAGAUGGAAAAGAUGAUAAAAUUAAGAGAUUGCAUGACAGCUUGGCAUUCUUUGAAAAGACACUUGUCAUGUCAAAUAAUCUCAAAGAAAUGAGAAGAAUCCUUGUCUUUACUCAUGUAGACGUUUUCGAGCAUCGAAUUCUCAAUGAAUUGACCUCCCCAAAGAAGAAACAAUUACUGGAAUUGUUGGGAAUUGCUGUCAAUGAAGAUGAUUUGGAAAAUUGUGAACUUGUUCACUUGACCUUCAAACACAUUGUCUCACUAUUCGAAACUUUGGAAAAGAAGAAUCCUCACAAGUACAUUCUCGAAUAUUACGCCCUCAAUAUGAUGGAUACUAGAGAUGUUUGCGAAUUUACCUACCACCUCACCAUGAGAGAUGGUUACACUAAAAAGGAUUAUCCAUCCAUGACUUCAAUUAAUGUCUAUUCUUCACCAAUAGUUUCUGGAUGUGAAUACGAGGUCAUUCAAAAUAUCCAAAUGGUCAAUUCAUUCUAUGAUAUUUCUCUAAUGUUCCAAUAA